GGGCGGGACUCCCCGGGAGCCAUGUCCGGGGCGGGGCCAGGUGUGCGGUCUGCAGAGCUGUGCUCCCAGGAGGCGCCUGCGGGGGCUUCUCUAGGCUGUCAGAAGGUUCCCACACCUGGACCUGCGAGGGCCUGCCUUCCCUCUGCCCAUCAGGAGAGCAUGUCCCAGCUGGACCUGGAGGAGCUGGCUAACAUAGAGCUGCAGAGAGAUGAGGUAGUGGCAGCCUCGCUAAACACGGGACGAAGGCCCUCAGUGGCACCCACAGCUGGCCAGGACCCUGCGCUGAGCACCAGCCACCCAUUCUACGAUGUGGCCAGGCAUGGCAUCCUGCAGGUGGCAGGGCAGGACCGCUUUGGAAGGCGCGUCGUCACCUUCAGCUGCUGCCGCAUGCCCCCCUCCCACGAGCUCAACCACAAGCGCCUGCUGGAGUAUUUGAAAUACACCCUGGACCAGCAUGUGGAGAAGGACUACGUCAUCGUCUACUUCCACUACGGGCUCAACAGCCAGAACAAGCCGUCCCUCAGCUGGCUCCAGAGCACCUACAAGGAGUUUGACAGGAAGUACAAGAAGAACCUGAAAGCCCUGUAUGUUGUGCACCCCACCAACUUCAUCAAGGUCCUGUGGAACAUCUUCAAGCCCCUCAUCAGUCACAAGUUUGGGAAGAAAGUCACCUAUUUCAGUGACCUGAGGGAACUGCGGGAACACCUCCAGUACAACCAGCUGCUGGUCCCCGCAGAGGUCUUGCGGUAUGACGAGACGCUUGGGAGCCUGCACCAGGGCCGACGGACCCUCCCAGCGAAGACGCCUCCGCCUCGACCCCCUCUGCCCACACAGCAGUUCGGCGUGAGUCUGCAAUAUCUCAAAGACAAAAACCAAGGCGACCUCAUCCCCCCAGUGCUGAGGUUCACGGUGACAUAUCUGAGAGAGAAAGGACUCCACACUGAGGGCCUGUUCCGGAGAUCAGCCAGUGUCCAGACUGUCCGUGAGGUCCAGCGGCUCUACAAUCAAGGGAAGCCUGUGAAUUUUGAUGACUAUGGGGACAUCCACGUCCCUGCCGUGAUCCUGAAGACCUUCCUGCGAGAACUCCCCCAGCCGCUACUCACCGUUAAGGCCUACAAGCAAAUUCUGGCCAUCACAAGUGUGGAGAGCAGCCUGCGGGUGGCCCAUUGCCGCCAAAUCGUGCAGAGCCUUCCAGAACACAACUACACCGUCCUCAGCUACCUCAUGGGCUUCCUGCACACGGUGUCCCAGGAGAGCAUCGUCAACAAAAUGAACAGCUCCAACCUGGCCUGCGUCUUCGGGCUGAAUUUAAUCUGGCCGUCCCAGGGGGCAUCCUCGCUGAGCGCCCUGGUGCCGCUGAACCUGUUCACGGAGUUGCUUAUCGAGUACCAUGGGAACAUUUUCUGCACCCCGAAUGGAGCCAGGGAGCAGGGGGGCCGCGCCAGGGCCAGUGAGCAGGGCGGUGCGAGCAGAGCCUGCGUGAAUACUGGUCACCUCUCGGCCCUGGCCGCACCCCCCUUGCGUCCUCCUCAUCCCCUGCCAGCGGCCGGGAGACUCCUCUAGUGCCUAGUGCCAGAGUGGCCCCAGCCUGGCCCGUCCUGGUGUGCACUCUAGUGUUUUGUCCACUUGUCAGUUAAGCGCCCUUUCUAGUUCAGUGUCCUGGCUCUCUUUGGCCCCAGCUCAGUUCUCCCUGUGCUGUGGGCCGAGAUGAGUCCCCAGUUCCAAAUACAGCCAUGCUGGGUCUCAGGGCUUCAAACAGGACUUCUGGGGAGGGAAGACGCAGUCAGCCACAGUUCCAAGCUGACAGGAACUAGUGACAGGCCGCCGCCACCCUCCACAGGUCAGCCUCCUGUCAGUGCUGGGCCAAGCACCCCAGUGUUUUGCUGUGGAGGGAAGGAAGGGUUUCUGGGGUCAUGGACACGUGCACUGUGGAUGCCCUGUCCAUCUCUUCGUGCGCAGGAUGAGGUGUUGUCUCCCUCAGCUGAGCGCAACCUUGGGUGACUGUGUGAAUCUGGGGCCGUUCAGGACUCUCCUCUGGAACAUGGGUGGCGGGGGGCAGUCCUGGAUCACUUGCUUCUUUCAGUCUAUGAUCUACGGGGUGUAUGGUCCCUGCCACCGCCAUCUCCAUACCCCUGCAUCUGUGUCUUCGCCAUCCUUCGGGGAGGGACCAUGAGACACGGCCAUUCCUGGCACCCACCUGGGAACAGGUGAAAGAAAGUCACACUGAGUUGGAGCCCUCAGCUGGGUGGGUGGGAAGGUCUCCUUUCUCCGACGUGGAUCCCAUCCCAUUGUCAAUGCUCUCCAGGUCCUGGCCCUUCAUUUAGUGAGGAUGUUGUUCUGAUUAAAGAUCCCAGAGGCCAGGAAGAUAGCUCAGUGCAUGGGAGCACAGGGUCAGCAUACCUGAGGCCCCAAGAUCCCCAGGUUCAGUCCCGCACCAUAAGUCAGGGCUGAGCAAUGUUCUGGUCUGUCUGUCUCUGUCUUUUCCCAUAAAAGUAAACACAUAAGUCUAAAACAGUGUUUAAAGAAAGAAGAACAAAACAUUUUUGGAGCUGGAGUUCUGGGAGGGGAGUCAGCCAGCCACUCUGAGGCUACUACCUCUCUUGUGAGUAACCGUGCUGAGCCCCCACAGUGGUCAAAGGUCAGACACUGCAGGGCCAUAAGAUGCCUGCCACCCUCGGUGCCUGGGUGGUGGCACAACAAACUAAUUCAGCCCAGCAGGCUAAGCAUUCAUGACUGGACCCAGAGCAUAAGUACUGUCCCUCCACCCUGCCGCGACUCCAGCUACUGAGAGAGGCUCAUAGGUGCAGGUCAAAGUCUUUCUGUCUCCACCUGUCUUAGGUCUGAGGUCACGGGCGUUCUGCUGACUCCCUGAGGGAAGGUCUGCCCCCCUCCCAGAUGUGCCCGUCAUUUCAUCCUCUCCUGUUCUCCAAGGUGGGGCAGGGUGAUGGGGAGGGCUCAGGAGUGCUAAUUCCGACUGACCUGGGUCAGAAGGAUCCUCUUGAAAAAUUAUUCUGCGUCAUGAAAAGCCAUCAUUGUUUAUCUCACUACUUGUCUGCUACAAAACUUUUUUAAAUUUCCAAAUCAUAAACUUCCAGCUCUCACCUUUCAGAAUCAGGCGUGGGGCGGGGGGCUGACCUAAGGGAGCUCCGAGAGAGGCCCCAUUUAGUGUUGAGGGAACUCACAGCCGGUUACGCCAUGUGGGAAAGCCACUUGAGGGCUCCCCUCUGUCCCAGCGCUUCUCUGACGCUGUCUCUCAUUCUCACCCAGUUCAGAAGAAAUGUAAAGCAGCCUCAGAGUUCUGUUGUCAGGGAGGGGGAAAUAAAAUCUGAAAUAAAAAUGAUGGCUCCCUUAAGAGCACACCACUAUGAGCACCAGAAUUAACAACGACAUUAAAUCAAACCCCAUGCAUUAUGCAGAAAGGUUUACAGUGCAGUGCACGUUUGGUGAAAUAGAUGUUUCAAAUUUCUGUGAGAUGGCCUCCAGACCUCCUUCAACUCCUUUGAUCA